AGUCCUGGGACUGCAGUCAUGCCUACAGGCUGACCCGAACUGUAAUCGUUGCUUGUGCAAUGUAGUUAUGGCCUAAAGGACACCGUGCACAUGCGGCCAGAACGGCGCCAAGGCCCGCACAUCUCAGAUAACCAGCUCAAGAGCGGAACCUGGCCGCUUCAGAUUGGAGCACAAGGACAUACACUCCCGCCUUGGGUAUAUACGCUCUCUGCUGCCGCUGCCAUCAUUGGUGUAUGCUGGCAGAGCCUGCGCUUGCUCAGAUCUCGAGGCCGUGCCUUUGAAAUGGACUUUACACUGGCGCUUCGUUCAGGUGCAAUCUUUAUCCUUCUGAUGGUGCCGUUGACCUAUCCAGAGCUUCAGAAUGUCUCAGAAAGCAUCCAAACGGUGUACAUAUGGUUGCCUCUGUGGUACAUGAGUAUGCUGAAAAAAAGUCUUGGUGGAUGGAUUCAGAUUUCUAUGAAUGCGAGCAUUGGCACGAUACUGGCACUCCUAGUGGUGAUUGUUCUCUGCAAAUCUGCGCCCAGCAAUCCAGGCGACUUCUAUGAUAGCAAAUGCUUGCUCCUGGCAUUUUUGAUUGCAUACGUAGUUUGCUUGAGCGGAGCAGAUGCUGAUAUGAAAAAGAUGUUCCUGGGUACACUUUCACCGCUCUUUGUGACAUACCUCAGCAAUGCUUCGGCCCUUGGCGCAAUCAUGAACCAGGAUCGCAUCAAUUGGACGUCGAUGAUUCUUUGCUAUGCAUAUCUCACCCUCACUGCCCUGGCAUUGUCAGCCAUGACCUUGCUAUUGCGCGCUCCUUAUUGCCUUUCCAGCUCCCUAUUGGCCUCCGACAACACUGCAGAGGAUUUGGCAGAAAUAUCUGAGAACACUUGGCGCAGUCUUCAAUUGCUCCUCAAAUACUUUCAACGCCGGCCAUCCGACUUUGACCUGGAGACCUUGGGCCAACACUUGCAACUGCUGAAGAUCAAUUCCCUGCACCUGGAAUCUCAGCUCGCAGAAGCUCGGUGGGAAGCCUUUCGCUGGCACCAGCACAGGCGCUUGCGUGGCCUUCUUCAUUUGUUGAUGUGCCACCACUCUGUGCUACUUGCCGCACUGGCUUGGCUUCGAAGCCCCUUUACGCAGGGCCAACAAGCAGAGCUGGCCCCUUUUUUGAACGAGUUUGGAAGUGCCACAGGGGCAGUCCUACGCAGCGUUUCAGCACCUUGGUGGCUGCGGCAGAACACAGAGGACCAAGAAGCAUCAGUCAUAGACGCUCUUGAGCAUGCAGAGCUUGCAGAUGGCUCUCUACUCGCCUGUUUGGAAAGCCUCCGAGAUCGGGCACGACCAGAAUCCACCACGCCCAGUGGAGCGCUGCAACCGGCAGCAGCGUUUGUGGAGAUACUGCGACAGAUCCCGAAGGCUAUGAAGGACUUCUUGCUCAACAAGGUUGACGUGGACCAGCCGUCUAUCGAAUCGCAAUGGCUCAUGGGGCAACCCUGGCUGAAGCGAAGCUAUCGUCGCCAAGCCAUUGGCUACUCCUUGGCAUGGGUAGCCUCUUUGGUGUGGUGCAUAAGUUACCGAAAUGGAUCUGCGACGUGCGCCAUCUUGGUGGCCUGGUUGCUGCCUUUCAACUGGGAAUUACUCGCUGGUGCAAAAGAUUUGGGCUGCCAAACAACGGUCACCCUUCGGGGCACUAUGAAUGAGCUCAUUGGAACUACUGGAGGUGUGAUCCUCGGUGGGCUGCCGGUGUUUGUCAUGAAGUUCAGUCCCACUUUCCGAACGACUCAGCAUCCAGGUCUGCACGAGCUGUUCGUGUGCUUCACUCUCAUGUACCUCCUCUGGACUAUUGCCACAUAUUUUGCACAAGUUCAAGCAUUCCAGUGGCGUGUUGCGGCCUUGUUCUGGUCGUGCUUUGGGGGCGUGGAGAUGCUACGAGAUUUUGGUUUGGCGGAGGAUUUCAGGAGCUAUGUUUGGAAGCAACACUCCUGGGACUCAUUGGUGGAUUUGUCUGUUGGUUGUGGCAUGGUCUUUUGCUCAGAGCUCUUCAUGUGUGCUUUGUGCAGGGAAGUCUCGGCCAAGAGGAAGGCGGCCUAUGCUACAGCUGACUGCUUGCAGACGGCCGCCAAGCUGACAGGUUCCAUGCAGGACAGUGAUGGCUACUUGAUGCGUGGCCAGGCGACUGAGUUGCUUACCAGGGUUUCCCAGCAGCAGGAGCAAAUGCAGGACCUACAACUGUCAUUGGCGAAGAGCAUCAUGGAAGCCCGUUUUUGGAGCCUGGAAUCACUGCACUGCAUUCGCUUUUGGGACAUUCCUUGGCGCCAUGCCAUGGUCAGCCGAAUCCUGGAUCAGUGUGACGUGAUCUUGCUUGCCACACGCACCAUUGCAUGGAGCUCUGAGCGUUUCGGGGGCCCUGGACCCAGCGCGCUGAUGCUGAAAGCGCUGGUGCCUCCUGAGCUGCCACCGCGAUUGCACCAUUGCAGCGAGGUGUGUUUGCAAGCUUUGCACCAGCACCUCCCCAAAGAGCAGUGGACUCUGACAGAGGCACCACCGCUGGCGCUUGCAAAGCCUCCAAGUGAGGCAUCGGACUUGACCGCUGCAGCAGCUGCUUCCGCAAUGAGGGGCAGUGUGCAUGUCAUGGCUGACGCCUUGCUGUCCAUCGAGGGAGCUUUGAUGGCGGAGGAAGUGUUGGCCUUUUCCUCGUGGACUCCAGCGUCCAACAAGUUUCGCAAGAUGCAGGCAGCCCGUGACUCCAACGUCAGUGAGAUGGCUUGACGCCGAGGUUGCCACAAUGAUGAUUCUCAGUCAUGGUGCAGACUACUCCGGCAAUCAGUGAAGUCCGAAGCUGUGUGCUAGGCUGUCUCCUAGCUUGAAGUCGCAUCAAAGCAUGCGACUGGAGAGCUGUGAACGAUUUGUGGUGAGGAUGAGCUGCCAGAAUUACACGA